GGCGGCAGCCGGCUUCAGCGCGGACUCUGCUUGUGAGCUAGGCGCGACGCCGUCGAGAGGGUGGCCGCGAUGCUCGAGCAGAACGGCACACGGUCUCUUCGCUGCACGGCCGGAUGGAGGAGAGCGCGCGCGACAAAGUGCUCAGCGACUUUCGCGCGGGCACCACCCGCUUCCUCAUCACCACCAACGUGCUCGCGCGCGGCGUCGACGUGCCCGCCGUCACGCUCGUCAUACAGUUCGACAUGCCGACCAAGAAGGGCGGCGGCGCCGACCCGGAGACGUACUUGCACCGCGUCGGCCGCACGGGGCGGUUCGGCCGGCCCGGCUGCGCGCUCAGCCUCAUCGCCGACGAGAAGGAGAUGAAGGUGCUGAAGCAGAUCGAGGUGUACUUCAGCAGGGAGAACCUGGUCACCGAGGUGCCGCCCGACACGGACCCGGAGGAGUUCGAGACGAUGCUCAAGGCGUGAGCGGCGUCGGCGGGGUCGCGGGGUAACACAGCAGCAUGCUCCUCUCUUCUCCGUGCGGGUUCGGCGUCGUGGCGCAGGCUCCACUGUGGCCGUCUGGCCGAGGCACGACGAAAGUGCGCGGAACACACAGCUGUCAGCUCCACACGUCGGUAUCACGUGCGGCACUGGGAGUCCACUCUGUCGGACCCGCACCCUAGCCCGCACCGAGCUCGCUCGCUGCGGUCUGCGCGCUAACCACUUGCUCGUUGCUGCGCACAGAAAAACCGUCUGUGUGCCGGCUGUGCCGCGUCGUCGCUCGGGCGGUUACCGUUUAUUCUCCGCCCUUAUGGCUACUUCAUGUAAAAGAACCGGC